AUGGUGAGAUUUUCCUUUUAAGUUAUUAAAAAUUAAGAAACUCCAAAUAUUGUUUGCUCCUUUGAUAAUAUUAGGUAUAUUUUUAAUCUUCCGGAUGGAUUUUAAAGGUUCACAAAAGACAAUUAAGUAAAAAUCAAUCAAGGGCCUCGAAUAUUUUUUACCAGAUUGAGCACACAAACAACAACUGGUUGUUUUGGAUAUUUAUCAACAUUAUUGGCAUAAAAUUGUGGAGUUAAUACAAAAAUUUAUGGGCCAAAAGGACUUUAUAUAAUGAAAUAGGAGGUUUUAAAACAUUACCUUAUUCGGUGUAAGAAUUUAAUGGAAACUGCUUAUUGGGAACAAAAGAUACAAAGCUAAUAGAAGAACUAUUGCAGCAGAACGAUUGAGCAUAUUAUUGAUCCAAAAGAAUCUAAUGAUGCUUCUAUCUAUAUGAAAAAUUCAACUUUGUUUAAGGAUCAAAAUAUAUAAAUAUAAGCUAUUGAAAUAAAUGAUACAAUUCAAUAUGUCAUUUCAUCAUUCCCCUAACCAGGUAACUACAAUAAAGAUAAAUUACAAUAAUUUAAAGUUCCUGCUAAUAAAAUGCAAGAUUUGUCAAAGAAUGGCAAAGUUAUUCUAGAAGAUGGAUAAAUAGUUACAAUUGAAUAAGUAAAAGAACCUGACAUUAUACCUUAAGUUGCAAUUAUUUUGGAUAUUGGAAAUGAAGAAUAAAUGUAGAAAUUGAUGGGUCAUAUAGAAUUCAAGAAGACUCUGGAAUAAUUUCAAGCAAAAUAGGUAAAUUUAGUUGCUGUUUUUCAUUUAUCUCACCAAAUUUAGGAAGAAUACUAUAUUGACUUUAUUAAAAAAUAUUCCUACUUUAAUCAUAUUUUCUGUAACUAUUAUAAGGAAAGUGAUGAUAAGAUUUGUUAAACACAUAUGAAGAUCCAACCUUUAUCAGAACUUUUAUCAAAUUUUUUACAUAAACAAUAUCCAUUUAAUUUUCCUCAUAUUGAAUGCUUAAAAUUAAGACCCAUACCUAUUGAUUUUAAAGAUGUAAACUAAAUAUUUGGCUACAUUCCUCUUUUUGAAUAUUUAAUUCUCCCAACGAAAUAAUAGGGGUAUAAACCAGUUUAGAAUUUUUCCCCAAAAAUAAUGUCUGAGAUGUUUACUAACAUUUAAUUCAAAAACUAUUAAUAAUAAUUUUAAUAAAAAGGAAUCGAUCAUAUAAGAUUAAUAUUUUUAGGUACUUGUUCUAUGAAACCAGGAUAGUUAAGAAAUGUUUCAGGGAUUAUUUUAGUGAAUGAAAAAUUGAAAUCUAACAUUAUUUUAGAUUGUGGAGAAGGAACUUUUAAAUAGAUCAGCGAUGAAAAUAUAGUUCUUGAUAAUAAGCCACUAAUUAUUUGGAUAAGCCAUGCUCAUAGCGAUCAUCAUUUAGGUUUAUUAUAAAUUGUUCAUAAUUUAUGUAAAUGCCAUAAUGAAAUAUAUUUAAUUGUGCCUGCAAUAGUAGUUCCUUGGCUGAUGUUUUUCAAGGAAAUCUUAGGAGAGUAAUGUAAUUGGAAAAUUAUUGUGUCGUAAUAAUUUGAUUAGGAUUUUAAAGAAGAUAUUAAUCAAUUAAUAAAGGAUUGUUUUCAUUAAUGUCGAAUUAGAUAAGGUGAAUUAGUAUAAAUUUAAGAUAAUUAAAAUUUCAUUAAAAACUAUGAAGACCUUAUAAGUUGUUUGAAGGAUUAAUUUGAAUUAGAUUCUAUAAAAGUUACGCCUGUUGAGCAUUGCCCAUAAUCUUAUGGAGUAAGAUUAAAUUUAUGUGAUGGAAGAUCUUUAUCUUAUUCUGGAGAUACAAGACCAUGUGAUAGAUUUAUAAAAUUAUCAUAAAAUGUUGAUAUUCUAAUUCAUGAAUCCACUUUUACAGAUGAUUUGUAAGAGAAUGCACUUUAAAAUAUGCACUCUACAAUUUCUGAGGCUGUUAAAGUAGGCAUGCUUGCUGACGCAAAAGUUAUUACAUUAACUCAUUAUUCUCAGAGAUACUCAAGAUAGAUAGAAAUUAAUUAAGAAAAUUUGGAGAAUGAUAGAAUUAUAUUUUGUUGCGACCAUUUUGGAGGAUAUUUAAAUGAGUAUUCAAAAUUAAGUCAAAUGAGUAAAGAGAUUAUAUAAUUAUUUAAUGAAUGA